UAAAAUUCUGUAGUUUCGUUUGAAUUUGUUUGCCAAUAAAAGACGCAACAUUUUACACAGUUUUUUUUUUAUGUAAAACACCUAGUGCUUAGAUGCAACGUUUCCAGUUCCAUAAUUUUGAGCAAGCAAACCGAUAGAACCAGGACAAAGGAGCAGCCAGCUCAAGUCAAACUAAUUGCAGACCGCAGAGGCAGCCAAAGAGCGAGCAAAGAUCUAAACGCGAAAGAUUGCACAAAAUUCAAAUGGAGAAUCCACUUUUACAUGCAGGAGAUGCAGCGCAGCCAACAGCAGCAGCAGCGGGAACAACCGAGACAGCAGCAGCAGCGGCGGCGGCAGCAACUACAGAGACAGCAGCAGCUUUUAUGCAGCAGCGUGGCAAACCAUUGAACAGCAGCAACAUUUGCCUGCAUCGCCUGCAACGCAAGCCUGGCAUGUUGAGCAUGACAGCAGCAGUAGCUGAGAGCAGCAGCAAUGUGGCAGCAGCAGAAGCAGCAGCAGCAGCAGAGCUUGAGCCGCAGUUUUUUGCUCAUGCACAUGGCGAUUCAUUGGCGCUGCCGCAGCAACAGCAAAUCGACAACAAUAUUGCAACAGCAGCAGCAGCAGCAGCAACUACUUUGCCAGCUUAUUAUCACCAAUGCAGCGAGUUUCAAAGCAAUCCCAAUAGUCUGGCAAAUGUUUAUAAUGUGCGCUCUUGGUCGCGCUGGGAGGCGCAGUCGCAACAGCAGCAGCUGCCGCUCAACUUGCCACAGCAGCAGCAGCGCUAUUUGGUUGCUGGCGCUGCGCAGCUGGAGCUUUCAUCUUCACGUCUAUUUGCGCAGCAGCAGUCACAUCAGCUGAAUGUAAGCGCGCCCAGCUUUACGCCCGCCAGCGCCAGAGCCAGCUGGAACGCCGGCAAUGGUCGACGCAACUCGAUGCAGCUGCUGCCAAGUCAGUCGCAGCCGCAGCUGCAAACUCAUGCCCAUGGCCAUGGCCAUGCACGCGGCAUGCGCCAGCAACAGCAGCAGCAGCAACAGCAGCAACAACAGCAGCAGCAACAACAACAGUUGCCCGAUCUGUUUCAGACUGUGCUCAAGCUAAUGCGCGAGCUCAAUCGAUCGGUUAGCUAUCCGGAAAUGAUUGCCAUGUUGUCGAUGCGUCUGCAGCGUCUGCCCGUCGAGCUGAAGCGCCACAUUCCACACACGCUGCAUGGAGCUGUGGCCAAUGGUUAUCUACGCAAGGAUGGCAACUACUAUACGCUACUGUCGGAGCAGGAGCAGAAGGAGAUUAUGAAGCGCAACCAGGAGGCGGCUAAGCGUGCCAAGGAGCUGGAAAAGGAGCCGCUCUCAUGGCGUCUACGUUAGCGCCCACCCAGCAGCCAGGCUUAAGUUCUUAUUAGUUUUAGUCUCGCUGCCAAGCUCUUUGUUUAAUUUUCGCUUUGCUGAUGAUCACGUCUAUACAUAUAUUCUAUAUAUACUAUAUAUCGUAUAUGUAGAUUUCAAUUCAGGAAUGCCGCACAUUUCUUGAAAAUUUUAGUUUAUACUUUUUAAAGCUCGAUUACGCAAGCGCUACACAAAAAACUAAAUAAAAUAAAAUUUGUUAUUCGAUGCCAA